AGGAGCAGUGAACCUCCGAGCGCUGGAUCCACACACUCCUCACGCAGACUCCCUCACUAGUCAUGGUUGACAGGGAUCAAUGAGAGCUGCCCCGUUGGACGGACUUAUUUCACCUCUGUGGACACUGAAGACUCCUGAUUAAAAAAAAAAAAAAAAAAAAAAAAAAUGGAGAACAAACUUGCUAAAGCUCUCUACGACAACACCGCAGAGUGCCCAGAUGAGCUGGCCUUCAGAAAAGGAGAUAUCAUAUCAGUGGUGGAUCAAAAUGUGGCCGGCACCAGUGGAUGGUGGAUGUGCUCUCUGUAUGGACGGCAAGGGCUGGCCCCUGCAAAUCGUCUGCAGCUCUUACCUCAGUCUGGAGCAACUACAGGUUCCCUGAGUCAGGGCACUGAAAAGCCCAAGGUGGUUGACCGUCAAAGUGGUGACAAUCCACAAAAUAUCUACCAGAUCCCCAAUGUGCCAAGACCGUCCAACAGCCCUGCUUAUGAACGUAUGGACAUGAUCUACAAAGUCCCAUCCACUCCUUUGUCAGCUUCAAAAAGUCCCAUCCCAUCAGCACUUCAGCACAGCACAGAGCGACCGGAACGGCAUAAGCCUUCAGCCUUCAGUGCCCUGUCCUGUCCGAAAGGGGAGGUUUAUGAUGUCCCGAGCCUAGCAAGACGCGCCUCCCUUUUCACUGCCUCAACAACUCCAAGACAGCUUUCCCGAAAAGCCUCUCUGAUCCCUGUUUCUGAGCUGGAGAGGAGAUUGGAUUCUCGGGACAGCCUGAGGUGUAACGGUCCAGGUCACUCUUACGUGUAUGCGGUCCCUCCAGCUCUGUCUCAGGACCCUAGCUAUGACAUCCCUGUUCCCUCAGCUGCAGAGGCCCAUAAAAUGGUCGGUGGAUACAACACCCUGCCCAAUCCCCGCAAGCCUGAGUGGAUCUAUGAUGUGCCAAUGGCACCUGAGAAGUCAGGUCCGACCCCAGGCUCCUAUGACACCAUGCCCUCCAAAGCUGUCAGUGGGCUGCUCUAUGAUACUCUGCCAACACAUGCUUGGCCCAUGCAAAGCUGCAGUUCAACUCCUUUAGUUUAUGAUAUACCAAAACCCAGUUUAUCUACACAGCACUCACUAGACAUCCCUAGUCCACCUAAAGUGCUGCCAAGGGCCCCUAUUUUUGACAAACCACCACCACAACGGCCUUCAGAGGACUUGGUGUAUGCUGUCCCACCCCAGGAGAAUCCCUCUACCCGAAGCCUGGCUGAUCCCCGUAGUGAUCAUAUUCCUCUGGAGUGCAGGGGGGACUCUGGCGGUGCAUAUGAACACACUCGAGUGCGCCUACAGCGGAUUAGGAAGGUCCUGGCACCGACUACUCUCCGGGACCGUCUGGGGAAUGGGGAUUCGCUAUUGCAGGAGGAUGAUGAGAAAGGCAGAGCAACACAUCUUUCUGCAGCAGACAAUCAGAGGAUCAGCACAGCCUCCAGCUCCUCCACGAGCUCCUGCGACUCUCUGGCUCUGAGCUCGUCCUCUCCAGAGCCGCUGCGGGAAGUGACGCUUAGCCAGGAGGAGGCCAGCCGCAGGCUGCUGGAGCUCCAGGAGGCUGUGUGCAGAGCGGUGCCUCGUCUCAUGGAGUUUGUCAGCAGCCGCUGGAGGAGCAAAGAACAUCUGGAGAAACACCUGGAGGAGAUCAAGGACGCAGCAGAGGGCAUUGCAUGUUCUGUGACAUGCUUCCUAAACUUUGCUCUGGAUGUUAAGGGCAAUGCUCGUCGUUUGACCGAUGCCAACCUGCAGACCAGGCUUCACAAGCAGCUGUCCAUUGUAGAGGACUCAGGUGUAAUCCUUCAACAAACAGUGAGCGCUCUAAAUAUGGCUGGCUGGCCCCUGAACACUCUGUCCCAGGACCCAGGGCAGGUCCAGACACCCGACCAGCUGGAGCGGUUUGUUAUGGUGGCUCGCACUGUGCCAGAGGACGUGAAGCGCCUGGUGUCCAUCCUUAAUGCCAAUAGCAAGCUUCUGUUCCGAGCUCCGCAGAAAGAGCCAGAGCUUCCCAACACCACAGGUCAGCCAGAAAUUAAGAAAAGUCCAGAUGGUGGUGAACAAGGAGGGGAUUUAGAGGAGGAUGACAGUGACUAUGUACAGCUACAGACUAAGACUGAUUUUGAAAAGCAGCAAAAGGAGAUGCAGAUGGAACCAAAGGAAAAUAUCACACCAUCCUGCAAAAAGCCUCAGGGCGAUGAGAGGCGUCAUUCCUCCGGGGCCAACAUUGGUACAGAAGAACCUCGCAGGUCAGAGCACUGCCGGCUUUACUUUGGCGCUCUCCAGAAAGCCAUCGGGGCCUUUGUGACCAGCCUGCAGGAUGGCAAGCCACCAGAGACAUUCAUCUCGCACAGUAAACUGGUGAUCAUGGUGGGACAGAGGCUGGUUGACACCCUGUGCAAGGAGGCCCACAGUGGAGGGUCCAGCCAGAGCCUGUUGUGUAAAAGUAACCACCUGUGUGCCCUCCUCAAGCAGCUGGCUGUGGCCACCAAGAAGGCGGCUCUGCACUUCCCGGACGUGCAAGCUCUGCACGAGGCUCAGGAGUUUGCAAAGGAACUGGCCCAAAGAGCACAGCACUUUCGGACAUCGCUUGACCUCUGAGAGCGCGCAGAUCAGAAACUGCACGGCGAUUUCUUCAUUUGAGUGGCAAUGAACACUGGUGUGCUCAUCAGUCAUGUAGCUAUCCAUUUUCUUGUGUAGGUAUUUCACAUUAAACCACUGCAUAAAUAUUUUCAUAGCUUCAGUAGUUGAAAAGGUUUUAACAUAUUCUAUCCGGCAUCAUUUAGUUAAUGCAGUUGCUUUUUAAAACAUAAUUUAUGCAACAAGAAGGUUUAAAAUCCAGAGGGGCAAGCAGAAAAAAAUGAUAUUGUCAGCAACAGAGUCUAACACAGUGGACUUCCAAAAUAAAUUGCACAUUUAGGAAAGAAUCUGCUCAUGCCAAUUUUAACUUUAAAACAAUUUUUAAACACAGUGUAACUAUAAAAUAUUAUUUGUUUUAUAUAGUUUAUGCCAAUUUUAUAUUGUUUGUUAUUUGGUAUUUUAAUGUAUUCUAUUUCUAUAUUCUGUACAUUGUAUACCCUCCUGGCUAGUAGUUUUGAGUUAUAGUAUACUUUUU